GAGGCUGCCAUGACACAGUGGAUGCUGCACAGGAUCACUUCAGCAACAUCAUCGCACCUCCUUGUCGCGAGCUGAUUUUCCUCCACUUUUGCCUCUCCUCCGUCUCUCGGGCACACCACCGAGGACCUCGCCACCCCAUCAGGGAAUAGAGCAGCGACGGCAGCAGUCGAUCCGCAACUGCAUUUAUUCCUCCCCUCCACUACCUGCCAACUUGCUCGUCGCUAUCCUCCUCCAUCCUUUUUUCACCGCUUUCCACAUUCUGGCAGCCUUCGACUCGCGCCCUCAAGCUCAUUUGCCAUCUCCGUCGGCCGGCUACCGCCUUUUCCCAUUUCCCCCUGGCCUGCCGGUUACCCAGGAUGCCUUGUUCCAGGCCCCUGCGCUAGGCCCGAGCAGCAUGGGCGGAGCCUGGGCGGGAAGCGAGAGAACGGAUCGGACCCUUCCCCUCAGGACGGGCACGCCGGCGGGUCACCCUCCUUCGGCUUCAGAUGGGCGAGGACGCUGAGAGCCCCAAGAUCAACCACACCUUCCUACGAGACUAUGUCACAGAAGCUGAUGUUAUCUCCACGGUGGAGUUCAACCAGACAGGGGACCUACUGGCCACGGGGGAUAAAGGAGGCCGAGUGGUCAUCUUCCAGAGAGAAACAGAGUCUAAAGGGGAGUCCGAGGAGGUGUUGGAGACCGGGGACUGCGGGGAGUAUAACGUAUACAGCACCUUCCAGAGCCACGAGCCAGACUUUGACUACCUGAAGAGUUUGGAGAUUGAGGAGAAAAUCAACAAGAUUAAAUGGCUGGCACAACAGAAUGCCGCACAUUUUCUCCUCUCCACCAACGAUAAGACCGUCAAACUGUGGAAGGUGAGUGAAAGAGACAAGAGACCAGCGGGAUACAACCUAAAGGAUGAGGAGGGCCGCCUCAAGGACAUCUCCACCAUCACCUCCCUGCAGGUGCCAGUCCUGAAGCCCGCCGAUCUGAUGGUGGAGGUCCGCCCCAGACGAGUCUUCUCCAAUGGUCACACUUACCACGUCAACUCCAUCUCAGUCAACAGUGACGGGGAGACCUACCUGUCAGCUGAUGACCUCCGUAUCAAUAUGUGGCAUCUGGGCAUCACUGACCGCAGCUUCAACAUCGUGGACAUAAAGCCAGCCAACAUGGAGGAUCUGACGGAGGUGAUAACGGCAGCAGAGUUCCACCCUCAGCACUGCCACCUGUUUGUGUACAGCAGCAGUAAGGGCACCUUGCGUCUCUGUGACAUGAGGUCCUCUGCGCUUUGUGACAAACACACAAAAUUGUUUGAAGAACCUGAGGAUCCAGGGAGCCGCUCCUUCUUCUCCGAAAUCAUCUCCUCUGUGUCAGAUGUCAAGUUCAGCCACAGCGGACGCUACCUGCUGACCCGAGACUACCUGACCGCCAAGGUGUGGGACUUGAACAUGGACAAAGGCCCCGUGGAGACGUAUCAGGUCCACGAAUACCUAAGGAGUAAGCUGUGCUCACUCUAUGAGAACGACUGCAUCUUCGACAAGUUUGAGUGCGUUUGGAACAGUUCCGACAGCGUAAUCAUGACCGGGGCGUACAACAGCUUCUUCCAGAUGUUCGACAGGGAGACGGGCCGAGGCGUGACCCUCGAGGCCUGGCGGGAGAGCAGCAAGCCACGCGCUGUGUUACGCACCCGCCGGGUGUACACCGGCGGAAAGCGUCGGCGCGGAGACGUAGGCGUCGAUAGCUUGGACUUCAGCAAGAAGAUCCUGCACAUGGCUUGGCAUCCGUCAGAGAAUAUCAUCGCUAUAGCGGCCACGAACAACCUGUACAUUUUCCAGGACCGCGUCAACCCGGAGGCCCAGUGACAGGGAUGACGACAAAGUCAACAACGGACAAACGUUUCGGUUUGCAUCAGGUGGCGCCGAAUGCUCAGUGAGAUUUGAGGAAUAACUAAUGAACAACCAUUUAUUUGAGCCCCUGUGAACUCUGCGUCUCCCACCCGUCCCACAGACUUUUUGUAAUCGAGGUGCAGGGACACCUCUCCAUCUGCGGUCACCACGCAGUGUUGACUCCUCACUGAUGUUCCUGGAAGCUUUUGACAAGACCAGACGAAGUUUGGGGUCGGCUAGCAGCACAGCAGGAUUGUUUGGUACUUACAAAAUGAUGGUUAAACUGUGGCGUUUAAUUGCCACAAGUAUUAGAUAGCGGGAGUGGUGAGUUUGUAUCUUUCAUCCUCACCACAAUAACCUGAAUUGAUUCUUUGUGUGUGUGUGUGUGUGACAGUUGCAGCAGAAUCUCUCUCUCCUUUGGAGCAGCGCUCUUGGAGAUUGCACGCAAAAAGUGACCCAUUACCUUGUCCACUUUGCAAUAAUUGCAAUUCGAGACACUUUGCGGCAGUAUUUCUGCUUUACAAACAUGAGCUCAUCUGCAGGUAACAAAUGUAUACACUCUUUUUACUGUAUGCUGUAAAUAGUCAACGUUAUUUUUUAUGCCACUGCCACUUUUGUUUCUAGAGUGCUAAACAUAUAAAAUAGAUUGUUAAAUGAUCAUGAACCUCAUUUAUAGAAGCAAGUCACUAAUCCAGAAGAAAACUUGAUGCAAUGGCUUUGGUAUAUGUAUUGCUGGUUAAACAGAGCGGAAUUAUGCGCAAAUCAACAUUUAAAUGUAUUGUACAGAAUUGUUGUGUUGGGCUUGUAUUGAGUUUUAGAUAGCUGCUAUUCCAAAGUAUUCUCCCUGUUGAUAAACAAUUAUACAUUAUAUUUAACAUGAAACACCCACAUUAAGCCCAAUCAAAUAAAAAAUGGGUUUUUUUGGUCCAAUUUUAAUUUGUAACAAUUUAAUGUAAUUUUAAAUGAGAAUGUAAAGUUUACAAUCAUUCAAAUGAAGAAAUCUAAGCACACCGUGCAUAAAUAAGCCCCCCGAUUCAGCUGAUUAAUGUCACGAGGACUUAGAUUUUGCGUGCAUGAAGGUCAGAGGUCAUUAUGAAUGCCAUAGCUCAAACGCAAAGCUCAGUGUCAAUGUAUCUUGCUAAAGGGUCGUUGACAUUGAAACAGCAAUGUCAUGCAAACGAGUGAUGAAAACACAAGUUGCGGUUGUCCUCACACCCUUGACCUCACAGUGCCACAUGCCGCGCCGGGGGGGGGGCACCCCCGAAAGCCACGACGUACAGCCAGGUGUCGUCGUGAGCUCGUGUGCGUCGGACUGAACUGGGUGACCUGGUCACACGUUGAUUGUUUACAGUGAAGUGCUUUUGUUAUUAAGUGACCUUGGUCCCGAUGGGACUGUCGUAAGCGGUUUUGGAUGUGGGACGGUGUCAGUUCAGGGUUGUAAUGUUUAGUAGUUGGCGCACAAAGCGCUUCAUUGCAGGAAAGCAAGAGAAGUAAUCUAUUGAACGUGUCUACAUUUUCCUCGCUCGUCACACAAUCAUUCACAUGCCUUUGAACUACAAUACCUUUACUGCUGUCUGCUAGGUAGAGCUUGAACGCAUUUGUUUGGAAAAAAUACAAUCCAACACCAACAAGAAAACGGUUCAAGUACUAGAAAACAUUACAUAAGUUUCAGGACUUCUCCAGUGUCAGUUGUGAUUACGUCACCACGUGCGGCCGAGGAGAGGAUUUGUGUUCAGGAGUGCAGCAGCAGCAUGUUGCCACCACUCAAUUCUACUCCACUGUAUAUCUAGAAUGCUUACAAAAAAAGUUUCAUGACUGAAAAUACACACGUGAAUGACAGAAUGUGCAUUAAUAAAAUGAUUCAAUCUGA